AUGAGUGCGGCAGACGUGUUCAGCUUUCAGCAGAGCUUUCCAUCAUACUACGGGCAACAGUUUGCUCUCGGUUCUGCACCGUUCGAGCAGCACAGGCUAGACAGUUACUUCCCCGGACACAACUAUCCAGCGCCAUCAGGCUGCGGUGGUGCAUUGCUGGACACAGCAAACACUGACAUCUUUCUGCAACGUCCGGAACUGUUUUGCUCCGCCAGUGGCACCAACAGCGGUGACGAUCGGAGUGCUACGCCCGUGUACGAAGAUCCACAGUUGCGUCUGCUUCAAAGCCUCACCACCGACGAUAGUAGCAGCAGUAGCAGCAGUGCCGGUUCGGAGUGUGACAGUCCGGCUACGCUAGCCGCGCCGGCCAAGAUCAAAACUAAGCGUGGCAGUGUGGUGCCGGUUGUUGUGAGGAAAAAGCGUCGCCUGGCGGCAAAUGCACGCGAACGGAAGCGCAUGAAGGGGUUGAACGAGGCGUUCGAUCGUUUGCGACAGUAUUUGCCCUCGCUGGGAAACGAUCGUCAGCUGUCGAAACAUGAAACGCUACAAAUGGCCCAAUCGUACAUAACUGCGCUAGCGGAACUACUGGAUUAG